AUGCGCGUCAGGUACCAAGCAUCGCGGUAUACGAUCGCGUAUCAGGAGCCGCGCUCGAGUCAGUCCAACAGUAGCUGGUGCAAAGCGUUGGUCAGUCCGAGGCAGUCGCGGGUACCAACGGUUGGCGAGUCGCUGAGCGCGUGUCCACAGCGUGAGCGAGUGUGGCGCAACAGGUCGAUUCCGGGAUCAUACACACCAAGCGAGUCAGGGGUCCAACCGUUCAGUGCGCAGACUGUUCAGGAGCCAGACUGGUCGCGAAGGUCAGUCCGUUGCCAUCAGUGCAUCCGCACAGUAAGGUGCGGCCGACAGACCAGUAUACUCUACCGUAGCUGGGGGGGGGGGGGGUGGGGGGGGGGGGGGUGGGGGGGGGGGGGGGGGGGUGUGGGGGGGGGGGGGGUGGUGGGGAGGAUGCCGGCGAACUGCGUGUCGAGUGGGCCGGGGUGCAGAUCUCUUCGCCAAUCGAGGCCAGUCCCACUACAUCCAGUCCCGGAUCAUGUAUCUAGGUCGCAGGACCUGAUCAGGAGACGCCAUCGAGUCGAGUCCUCAUCAGGGAGCAACAGACCUGAGACGCGCGAGCAGGAUCUGGUAUCAUGCACAGUAUAG